AUGUCUGUAAAAUGAUCGUACUUCACUUACUAUAUGCGUUUUUAAGUGGAAUAUUUACAGAAGCAAAGAAACAAUUAACCUUCCAAAUUCCAUCGAUAAGUUUGGUUUGUUAACUAGCUAGGCAAUGUCCAAGAGCGAUUCUCUGGUCAUAACAUGCAAAGCGGUGGUGUGUUGGGGGAUGGGGGAGCCGGUGAAGGUGGAAGAGAUACAAGUGGAGCCACCAAAAUCAUGUGAAGCACGCAUCAAAACCCUGUAUGCUAGUGUGUGCCACACCGACAUCUUAUUAACAAAUGGCUUCCCAAUCCCUGCUUUCCCUCGAGUUUUAGGACAUGAAGGUGUUGGUGUAAUAGAGAGUGUGGGUGAGGAAGUAACAGAUCUUAAAGAAGGAGAUCUUGUCAUUCCAACCUUCCUUGGGGAGUGCCAAGACUGUGAGAAUUGUUUGUCAGGAAAGACCAACUUGUGCCUUAAAUACCCAGUACCCUUCAGUGGACUUAUGCCUGAUGGCACUUCAAGAAUGACUGCAAGAGGCCAGAUGCUGUAUCACUCCUUUUCUUGCUCUACAUGGUCUGAGUACUUGGUUGUUGAUGCUAAUUACAUCCUCAAGCUUGAUCCAAGCGUAAAUCUACAUCAUGCUAGUUUUCUCUCAUGUGGAUUUUCAACUGGAUUUGGGGCUGCUUGGAAGGAAGUUGGGGUUGAAAAAGGAUCAAGUGUUGCUGUUCUUGGUCUUGGUGCUGUUGGAUUAGGGGCAAUAGAAGGGGCCAGAAUGCAAGGGGCAGCAAAGAUAAUUGGCAUUGACAAAAAUGAGACAAAAAGAACAAAAGGAGAAGCUUUUGGAAUGACUGACUUUAUAAAUCCUGAAAGAGAUGUCCAUAAAUCUAUUUCCAAGCUAGUUAAAGAAUUAACAGGUGGAAUGGGUGUGGAUUAUUGCUUUGAAUGCACAGGGGUUGCACCCUUGGUCAAUGAAGCUCUCCAAGCAACAAAAAUGGGAAAAGGUCAAACAAUAGUAAUUGGAGAAGGAAAUCAUGCAACUGUGGAGAUCAAUUUCCUUUCCCUAGUGUUUGGUGGGAAUUUGAAGGGUUCCAUUUUUGGUGGGCUCAGAGCCAAAACUGACCUUCCUAUUAUAAUCGACAAAUGCAAAAAUAAGGAAAUCCAACUUGAUGAACUUUUGACUCACGAAGUUAGAUUGGAAGACAUAGAUAAAGCAUUUGAGCAACUGAAACAACCUGAUUGUGUGAAGGUUCUUAUCAAGCUGUGUGAUUGAUUCCUAGCCUUUUGCUUGUACAAGGGUUAAUAUGAUAAUUAAUGGAUUGCAUAAUAUAAGUAGGAUUUUCCUUUUUAAUUGCCGGUAGCAAUCAAGUUACAAUAACAUAUUAGUUAUGUUCAUGGUAGUUGUUGAACAUUGGGUUAUCACACACACAACCAAUGAUUACCCAUCAUCUUAAACUUUUGGGAUAAGUGGUGAUUUCACAUUAUAUCAGAGCAUGCGCGGAGGUCCUGAAUUUGAACCCUAA